AUGUCUCCGUGGGUUCUGGCGCAAAACCAGCGUGUAAAGAGAGAGGAGAAGGAAGAGAUACAAACCAGGCUGCACAAGAUGGCUGCCGACCGAGCCCGCGUGGCUCCUUCUCACCCGUCUCCACAGCAGACAGCGAUAUACCCGAAGUGCAGGCAGGGGAAGCCUCCCAAAUACUUACCAAGUUACUGGAGGUUAGAAACUACCUAGCCAGUGAGAUAGCAUGAAGUUUGCAAAAGGUCAAGGCCGAAAUACAAGCCCUGGGGAUGCGCAGGCCGAAAUACCAGCCCUGGGGAUGCGCACAGCGGAAUUGGAACACAGGGUCAACACCACAGUAUCCAACUUGCACUCCAUGGACAGACAGCUUGGAGACCUUGAAAUGCUGGUGGAAGACCAGGCAAACAGGUCCUGGCGCAACAAUCUGCGAAUACGAGGUCUGCCCGAGGCGCCCAAUGAAGGCUCCCUGGUGGACAAGAUGGCACACUAUUUUAAACACCUUUUACCAGACAUCCCCGAAGAAAAAUGGGUAAUCGAUAGGGCACACUGCACGCCCAAAGAGCAGAGGGAUCCCUGCCACUGGAUAUUAUAA